UGUGUGUUUGUUGUGCUUGGCUCUCGCCACGUUUGUUGUAGUCAGCAGCAUAUAGUAUUUCGCAUAUCCGUCUUCGUCUUUUGAAUGUCGGAUGGCUAACAGCCGCCAGCCGUGGCUUUCAUAGCUCAGUGCGCUUCCUAACUUGAAGGUAACACACCGCCAAGCACGCGCAACGCGGCAUCGCACGAACAACAUCAACUUACGGAACGGAACGUACGAUGUCGACGAUGUCAACGACGAGUGCUCGUAUUUAUUUGCAAAGUUACACGUAUCCACAUAUUUGCAGUAUCUGAUUGCCUUGUUAUCUCAUUGUCUCGUUGUCGCGCGGUUUUGGUGUCGUGAACAAAAGCAGUGCAUCGCAGCGCUUGAACAAAAGACCAACCAAAAAUGGCAAGAACCUAAGCGAGUUGUGCGAAGUAUAUGCCUGGCAGUGAAAUAUUCUUGAAAUAUAAUAUAAUAUAUGCAUAGAGACGAGUUGCAAAAGUUUUGUGAGUUCUGUGAGUUCUGUGAAGCUGUGCAAAGUGUGCAAAGUGUUUGUCGUACGAAAAAAGUGUAUCCCCAUAUCAAAGCAGCGCUUAACUAACUUAACUUGUAAAUGCAUCAAAGCAACAGUUGCCGUCUGCUCGCCUUAGCCUCAAUGAUAACGUGUUGCUAAUUACCUCAAAUCUCAUCAGCAGCGAACCACGACGACGACGACAGCAGCGGUGUUGAAACAAAAGCAACGCUUGCGGGCAAGCAAAGAAAACAAAAGCCCGGCCAAGCCAAAUCAAGCCAAGUCAGUCAGUCAGUCAGCCAGCCCACGGGCCCGCCACCCAACCAGCUGGCAGCGUCAACCAGCGAGCGUGUUAACUUAAUUAUUUAACAUUAGCUCAAAGCAAAUUAGCGCAGCAUCAGCGUUGCAGUCUUGUUGACUGCGGCCAUAGCGGAGGCAGCAGCAGCCAGUCACAGGCAUUUCGCGUCAACGUCGUGCCAAUGCAACUUCACCAUUUUCACAAAUGGGCCACUCAACCUAAAUUUUAACCAGACUUUGUUUACAUAUAUACUCACAUACAUACACACGCGUACAUACGCUUACAUAUUGGCCAAAUUAGUUUUUGUUGCGUAUGGUGCUGUGACUUUGCCUAAGGCUUUCCAAAAUUUUCGGUGCUUGUCAGCUUCCUCAUAUUUGUUGUUUGUGACUGUGCUUAUAGACGCCUUUCAUACACACACACACGCGCAACUAUAUAAGCACUAAUUACAUCUUAGUGGCGGCAAUCAUUUAUGGUUCAUUUCAACGCUGCUGCCGCAAACCGUUUGUUAUGCAAUGCCGCACUUCGAUGAGUCGUUCGUCAGCGAUUGUUCAUAUGCCGAGAGCCAACAUGUUAUCUCGUACUCAUUGGAUCGUGGCAUGAAACUCUACCAGAGGCGCAAAUUGAAAUCGCCAAAAUUUUUCUAUACGCCCUAUCGACCGCGUGUGGUCGUGAAGAAUGUCAUUCAGUACAGUGCCAUCAGUUCUCCAUCCACACCCAACUCCUCGCUUUCUUCACAAUCGAAUCUUGUUUGUGCUGGUGGUGGUACGCCAUCGCCGAACACACCAUCCCCCGCCACACCCACUUCUCAACAAUCCGCCAACACACCGCUGAGCGGCAACAGUGCGAUAUAUCAAGUACCAGGCGCCGGUUACGGUGUCUCAACGUCCGGUCAUAAGAACAGUUUAAAGGGUACGAAAUUGGCGCGUAGAGCGCGCUCUUUCAAAGACGAUCUAAUAGAGAAAAUUUCCAUGAUUCGCACACCAAACAAUACGCUGGGAAGAUCCCAUUCCCCGCACAGUCCACGUAGCAAGUCCAUGAAACCGCCAACGACCGCUGAAGAGUUAGCCGCGGCUGAGAGUCCACUGCAGACGCAUGUCAAAGAUAUUUCGAAUGCGCUGAAACAUUUUCGCGAUGUGAUAAUCAGAGCAAAACUGGAAGUUCUGCCGGGCAAUGCAACUGUUAUACUCGAGACAAUCGCCAGCAUGUACACCGUUAUACAGUCGUAUGCGUUGGAUAAGCACAGCAAUGUACUUCUGUCGGCGACACAACAAGUAUAUAAGUCGCUGGGUAAAUUAGUGAAGCUUUGCGACGAGGUAAUGCUUAUCUAUGCAGCGCGGCGGAUCGACGACGAAGGUGUCGAAGAUAAUCUGCAAGACGAGCAUCAACAACUGAAAGCGCUGCUCAGCGAAGAUAAUGUAAAGGAGAUUGUUGAUUUACUUGGUGAGGCAGUGCGGAAUUUGGCGACGCUUGCGCAUCAGAAACUGAAGGAGCGCGAGGAGAACGCUUUGAAGUAUGCACCAGACAAUGCCGUCGCCCCUGCAUUGGCUAACAAUGGCGCAGCCGUAUCGCUCAAUCAUCUAAUGCAUCUGCCGGAAGUGGCUGGCCAACGUACAUCGCUGCCUGACAUAACGCUAACACCGAAGGAACGUGAUAUUUUAGAGAAGACCAACUCGAAUCCCAUACGCGCUUCACACAGUACCGAGAGCAUUUUGCGCGACACUAGCCCUCCACCUAAACCACCGCUACCGAACAGGCCACCACCGCUGCCACCGAAGCGCCGCAAUCAACAGCAACAACCAAGUCUAAACAAUAAGAGCAUUAACUCGGAUUUCGACUGGAGUUCGGACAUUUCACUGGGCAACUAUGGCGCUGAUUAUAUCAGCAAUCUGUCGGUACACUCACACUCGCCGGAUGAAAAUUCUAGUCAAUGUUCGCUCGAUUCCGAGCUAAAUCAUUCACGCGAAGAGGAGGAACUCAAGUCACUGGGUUUGGGCAAUCGCUACAAUGACAGCCUGCUUGAUAAUGAUGUUGAUAAAUUAAAUAUAUUAAAACCACUAGUAAGCGGUGGCAAGCGUGUUACGUUGAACAAUAAAGUGGCAUGCAACAAAGUAAUUGGCAGUGGCAAUGAAACCACCAACACUACCAUUGUCACACAAACACAAAACAUAGCGACGGAGAAUACCAAACGGCGUGCUAUCGUCACCAGUUCAGUGGCUAGUGAUGGCGCGGAUGAGUGUGAUUUUAUUUUGCAAAGUGGCAACGGUAAUAAUGGCGCUGGUGGCAGCGCUUUGGACAAACUGGAAAUGCGCAAAAAUACUAACAAUCGUCAUUCCAAUGAAUCGGGCUUCGUUUCUAUGACAUCGGUGCGCACAUCGGCACAGAGUGUAUCCAAACGUUCAUCCGAUUGUGGUUUUCAAUCGUCCACCAAGUCCAGUUCGAACUCGGAAAUUGCAUUCGAUGCCAUUGAAUCGUCGAGUAGUGGUGAAUUUCAUACGCAAGCGCAGGAGUUUCACCAGCACACAACCAGUUCGACCAUGACGAGCACCAUGUCAUCGACAAUGAUGGCCACAUCGACUAGCAUACUAAAUAAUAUGUCUACAUUGUCGCAUGAGGCACGUUCGAUUAGCAAUACCAGCAGCAUCAGUCCCGAUCACUAUGAAAGUAGCGGUCUCUUGACCGAACGCUCAAUGCAUACCAGCAGUACUAGUCACGUCACACAAUCGUCAUUUUCAUCGCUGGCAAAGGCUAGUAGUUUGGAUACAGCUUCAUCAUCGGAUGGCAUGGGCUCCCACAAUGAUUUAGUGCCACCUGCAUUGCCGCCAAAAACUAGUCGGAACAAAGAUGCGCGCAUAUUUUCGCAAUAUGAUAACUUCGAUGAAAUCGACGAUCAUAAUGGCGAAAUACCCGAACUCCGCCCUCAUCAUCAUACCCACUACAGCAGUUACAGCCAACAUAAUCACCAUUUCCAUCAUAAUCACUAUCAACAUCACGUGGCACCGUGGCAUCAAACGAAACAUCAAAGUCUACUAGACUCAAGACACUUAGUUAGCGGCUUUGUCAGCAGUUGCACGAGUAUUGGCGAUCUGGAGCAACCACCACCGCUACCGGUGAAGAAAAAGCACAUUUUCGCAUACAUGGAGCUGUGUCAGGGUCCCCAUCGACCCUUCGAUCGUCAUACGAUGCAUGUGCAGGAUCUAACGGGGAACAUUACGCACAGUCAGACAAUGAACAUUGUGCCACUACCAAAGGACUUAUCGCCACCCUCGGAGCAGGAAAGGCCGCCCGCACUCCCACCAAAGAACUACAAACAGCAGCGCAAGUCCAGCGCUACACCGCCCACCAUAAUUACAACGCCACCACCUAGUCCAAAACCUACACAUUUGAGUGCUAGUGCCGAUGCGGAGAAUGGCCGUCCAGCGCGCGUUAUAUCCGCCACACAGGGUAGUGAAAUGAUGUCCACCGUGUGUGAGGAGCUUGGCGAUCUAACCGAAGAGGAACAAGCGUCACUCCGUCACUCUCACCAGCUGCCCAAUGAGAAUUGUCACGACAAUCAUGUAACAAGUAGGCAUUCACCACUACGUCGCGCCGACACGCAUGAGGGUACGCCCGGCAGCAGGUCUGAGAGCGCUGGUGAAGAUCAAUUAUUGCAGAACAAUAGCUUUAGUGAUGAUAAGUGUGGUGAGUUGCAGACGGUGCCACAGGAUGAAUUGCCAAAAAUGCUAGAAGAAAUUGAUGUUACCAAGUAUUUGGUGCUCAAGCGUAAGGAUGAAGAUGGACCGGAUAUAAAGGGCGGCUAUAUUGAUGCAUUGAUUGUGCAUGCUAGCCGCGUGCAGAAUGACAAUGCAUUUAUUGAUGCCUUCAUCACGACGUUUCGCACCUUUAUACAGCCGAUCGAUGUGAUUGAAAAGCUAACCCAUCGCUAUACAAUAUUCUUCUGUUGCCAAAACGAUCACAAGCAACGCGUUGCCCGUGAGACAUUCUCAUUACUAAUGAGAGUAGUAGAUGGCUUAACGUCAAUGGACCUGACGGAUCAGCUCUUGGCUCUCAUAGUCGAAUUUAAUUAUCAGCUGGUAUGUGCCGGCCAAUUGUAUUUGGCAAAAACGUUGCGCAGCAUAUUUGUAGAGAAGGUGACGUUAUUCCGGGAACAACGUUUGCCACCACCUAAAGCCGAUAUGCAUAUCACCGUCACCAAUCAGCCCAGCCUACUCGAUCUCAAAUCGGUAGAGAUUGCCGAACAAAUGACACUACUCGAUGCCGAUCUAUUUCAGAAGAUCGAAAUACCCGAAGUAUUGCUCUUUGCCAAAGAACAGAGUGAAGAGCGUUCGCCCAAUUUGAAUAAGUUUACCGAACACUUUAAUAAUAUGUCAUUUUGGGCACGUUCGAAAAUUCUCACAUUAGGCGAUGCCAAAGAACGUGAAAAACAUGUUAUUAAAUUCAUAAAAAUUAUGAAAUAUUUGCGAAAAAUGAAUAACUAUAAUUCGUAUUUGGCUUUAUUAUCAGCACUCGAUUCGGCGCCCAUCCGGCGACUGGAGUGGCCCAAGACUAUAACGCAAGACAUUAAGGAAUAUUGCCUGCUGAUCGAUUCUAGCUCCAGUUUUCGAGCAUAUCGCACUACUUUAGCUGCAACAAGUCCACCCUGUAUUCCGUAUAUUGGUCUAGUCCUGCAAGACUUAACAUUCGUGCAUGUUGGUAAUCCAGAUUAUUUAAAGGAAGGCGUCGUCAACUUCUCCAAACGUUGGCAGCAAUAUCAUCUAAUAGAGAAUAUGAAGCGCUUCAAAAAAUGUGAGUACAACUUCCGCCGCAAUGAGCGCAUUAUACGUUUCUUCGAUAACUUUGAAUAUGAACUGGGUGAGGAAGAGAUGUGGCAAAUAUCGGAGAGCAUAAAACCACGUGGCCGACGACCUGUACAAGCAUAAAAUGUUUGCGCGACGGAAACCGUACAUUCACAUAUCCUGAAGGAAUACUCAAUUAUCAACAAAGAACUAAAAAUAUUAAAACAAAAAUGAAAUGUGCACGCAAUGUAAUAUAAUUACUUAUGUAUCUGGAAACUAUAUUCUUCAGUGCUGGCAGAAAGACAGCAUUAUAUGAGUGUAAAAGCAGCAAAGGAGAAAAAUAAGCAUAAAACACAGCUAUUAAAUAGUAAUAUAUAUACAUAACAAUGCACAGUUAUAUUGGAUGCACACUUGCUUUCAUCAUAUAUAUAUAUAUAUAUAUAAGCAUAGUGAUAAUCACCGCAACGCGCACUCAUUUGAAAGCACAUUUUAUGCCGACAUUAGCAAAAAUUAUAAUGUUAUGCAAACCAAACAAAAUUGCACAUAAGUUCAAUAUGAAAAGUAGUAAAUUGCUUUAAAUUAACAGAAGCUUAUGAAAAAUUUAGAAGCAAAAAAAAAAUCAACUCAAAUGUUGUAGAGCAACCAAAUACCAAACCAAACUCAACUUGCACCGACACAAACACAACGAAAUUUUAUUAUAUUAUAUUAUAUGUAUUGCAUGUUUUUGUACACCUUAUUAGUUUUCAAAUAUGUGAAAGAAUUUAACUGUCUCUCUUUAACAGUGAUGAGCAGUCGAUAAGAACGCCGUGUUUCAUAUAACAAGCAAUCAAGUUAUUUGUUUUUAUACAUUCAUGUAAAGUAACAAUAAAUCAACGAUAAAUUCAUAAACCGUCAAUAUGUGUGUGAGAAGAGUUGUCGAAACGAGCGCUUAGCGUAACAAAAACGAAUGAACUUUAAAAGUAACAAAAAAA